UCGGGAUAAUCCAAAAUCCAAUGAACUCGCUACACCACAGUGACGAAUACGAAAGUUUCUUGCGUUGCCUCGAAAGUAGGACAAUCAAUAUUGUUCCGUCAGUACUAGGAGGUAUAUCUGAUCCUGUAUCUAGCUUGACUACAGUAGCUACGACGGAACUCUUCAAACUAGCUGGUCUACUUUACCUCAAAAGAGCAUCGCGAAACUUUUCAGGAAUCUCCCCUCAUAUCGACAAGCUGGUUCAGAGGGCAUAUCUAUUUUUCGACGACCUAGGGACUUGCAAUCUGACCUUUCCACUGCUGAUUGUCGGGUGCGAGGCUAGGACAGAUGCGCAAAGAAUGAGAAUUCUGGAGUAUAUUGAAAGAGCGACGACAUCCUCGAGUUUGAAGAGCUUGCAUGCGCUGCGGAAUAUUUUCCAGCAGAUGUGGGUCCAGAAUGACCUUCUCUGGAUUAUGAGCUCGACUACUUGAAUAAACUAGACGCCGUGAUAAGUUCUUACCAAAUUAUACCGAGUUUCGCUUUGGAUGGAAAUUUCAUGGAUACUGUAAUAUGAUGGCAAUAAGAGAUUUGUUCCAUAAGAUAUUGCUUCGCGUAAUGAGUGCAGAGCACACUUAGAUAGACCCCAUCUUCUUGCGCUAUAUCUCGUUAGUGCAUUCAUGCACUACAUAUCAAAACUAAGAUUAUACACUACAAGGCUGUCAUCCCUAACAAAGGAAAAUGUCUUUGAGAGACGUCCAUGACAAAAGAAAGGCAU